AUGAAGAGAGGAUGCGAAACUGAGGCGGAGAAGGCAGGGCGGAAGAAGGCGGCGGGGGUGGUGCGGACGAGGAAGCCGGAUAUCUCGUGGAUGAUGCGUUCGUACGAUCGGGUCGACGAGGUGAGGUUGAAGCGCGGGGUGGCGAGGCUGAACAAGGAGAACCCACCCGAGCGGCAGAUCGUGCUGGAGGAUCUCACGAAGGAGGAGCGGGCGGAGCUGCUGCAGCAAGAGAAGGAGUGGGCGAGGAAGAGGGAGGAGGUGGAGCGAGUCCAGCGGGAUGCGGACCGCCUAGCCAAGGAGGCUGAGAGGGCCCAGGCGCCGCCGGCGCCGCUGGAAGAUCCCAGCAAAGACAAGUGGCAGUUGAAUUAUGACUUCGAACGCGAGCACUUGGAAAUGAAAAUGGCAAGGGAGCCUGGAUUCUCGGGCUUCUCCUUCGAGGACAACACGCGUAUCCCAGCCAUGUGUUUCACCAACAAUCCUAUGCGUGAUCACACCAGUACUAGGACCACUUUGCAGAUCUUCACCAUCAAGGUAGCAGGAUUAGAGGGCUUACAGUUGCCCCUUGAUGUUUUCGGUAUGGUUGCCGUGCGCGACAAACUGGAUUACAAUCGCAACAUUAUCUUCAGCCGCACAAGGGACAACUGCCAAACCCUCACUCAACAGGAUCCAUGUUUAGUACUGACAGGUCCUAGCCGUGCUGUCUUCUAUAGAGAGAAGGUGUACGUUGAGGCUGUGCUGAAAGUGAAGGGAACCACAGAAUCUGAGGACACCGAUCUAAGCCUUCUAUUCGACCGCUUCGAAUGCUGCGAAAAGAUGAAUUUGUGCGUGGAUGUUGGAGAGUGCAGAAAACGUUCCUGCAUGAGCAGCAUUCUCUACACCAGCAAACUUAGCACACUGGAGUUCACAUGUGGCCUAGUCGCAUCCUCUGUUGAGGCCACCAUCGCCAUGCAGAUUGUCGAGGGGUCAUGGCCAGAAGGGCUCCGAUGCAAGCUUACUGCCUCCAUCGGCAGUUUGCAUCACAUGGAUAUCAUGCUGCUUGACUCCGGAGAAGAGAAGGUGCCUGUUUCUGCCGCGGAUGGAACAGUUGAGCUGUCGCGGCGUGUUGUGUCUGUUGAGAGUUAUGGUCAGCUGAUAGUCCAUGGCAUGAUGCUUCGAGGUGGUGGCGACCAUGGCCAGAUUCUGGCACAGACGAAGGCCUCCUUUGCACCUUUGGAUGCAAAUAGAAGUGAGAAUAGUCUUGAUCUUGGCAUGUGUAAGUUGAAAGUCACCGUUGCCUGGUCGCGUAUCCUGAUGUUCCAUCCUGAGGGUGGAUUACCUCAAACCAGGGGAUCAGGGGUAGCUGUUUCUACAGGGAGCUCGUCUUAAAUUACCUGACCAUAUGAUGUUAUUUAUGUGAUGGAACCCUUAACCAAUGGAUCAUCGGGGGAGGUUGUUGCUAUCGGGAGCUUAUCUUAAGUUGCCUGGCAUUAUGCUCUUUUUUAAUAUCUUGUACCCUUUGAUGUAUGUCAAAUGUUUUUAUGGAGGAAACCUAGUGUCUUAUGUACUGAUGUGUUAAGGAGGGAGUUAAGUGUUUAAUCACUUGCCCUGCUUGUUGUGGUUAAAUUCGUGUGAAGUGGUGUUCGGUUACAACUAAAUGGUGACAUAUGGAUAUAUGUUGAGUAC